AUGGACCGAGAGCAGCAGAUCAACGAUCUGGAGAUGCAGCAGUUCGCCCUCCUCAAUAGUGAUGGAUGCUGGAUCUUUUUUUCGGUCCAUCUCGAUGAUGAGGGGGACGACGAGCACAACCUCGAAGGCUACGGUAAAAAUCGUGCCCCCCUCCUCCUGCUAUUGGUUGCUGCAUCAAUAGGAAGCUAUGGAUUCAGUGAGGGCGCAAUCAACCUGAAGCAGCGUCCUGUGUUGGUUGCUGCAUCAAUAGGAAGCUAUGGAGCAUAUCUAGCAGAUGGUUCUGAGUACAGUGGAAACUAUGGCCAAGAAAUUACUGUGGAAAUCGUCAAAGAUUUUCACAGGAGAAGGCUUGAGGUUCUUUCUGAAGCUGGAGCUGAUAUAAUUGCUUUUGAAACAAUUCCAAAUAAACUUGAAGCUCAAGCAUAUGUUGAACUUCUUUUGGAGUGUGACACAAAAAUUCCAGCUUGGUUUUCUUUCACUUCGAAGGAUGGGAUCAAUGUUGUUAGUGGAGAUUCUAUGGCUGAAUGUGUUUCUCUGGCUGAUUCAUGCAACAAAGUCGUUGCUAUUGGAAUCAACUGCACUGCACCUAGAUUCAUCCACAAUUUAAUUCUCUCUAUUAAGAAGCUUAAUGCUCAAUUCAGAAGGAAUCCAUCAUUGAUACAAAAUUUGACAACUUAUUGA